AAGAACUGAAGAAUAGAUCUCCAGUUCCUACCUUUUCAUAAACACUCUCAAUCAAUGUUUACAGCUGUCAAAUGUGGAAACCCUGGGGCACCGGCUAAUGGCAAAGUGUUUUGGAUUGAUGGAACCUCAUACUCCAACUCUGUGACGUACUCAUGCCUGGAAGGAUAUGUACUCUCUGGAUCUGCAACAAGGCAGUGCACAGUUAAUGGUACAUGGUCAGACAAUAUACCUAACUGCACAAUCAUUACCUGUGGAGAUCCUGGAAUGCCGGCAAAUGGCAUGAGAUUGGGGGAUGUUUUUACAGUCGGACAAAAUGUCACCCAGAUUUGCCAACCAGGAUACACAAUACAGGAUGUGCAGACUUCCGCGAUUCGUUCCUGCCUCAGCAAUGGCACGUGGAGUGGCUCAAUGCCACUAUGUAAAGCUGUGAAGUGUUCAACUCCACCGCAGAUUUCAAAUGGGAGGAUGGAAGGAACACAUUUUGAUUGGGGAUCAAGCAUUAGCUACAGCUGCUCUCCAGGAUAUGAACUGUCCUUUCCUGCAAUUCUCAGCUGUGUGGGAAAUGGAACGUGGACAGGAGAUGUUCCUCAGUGUUUGCCCAAGUUUUGUGGAGACCCUGGGGUGCCGGCACGAGGACGGAGAGAGGGAAAGAGCUUCAUCUACCAGUCAGAAGUUUCAUUUAACUGCAACACCCCUUUGGCCUUAGUGGGCUCAAGCACGAGGAUCUGCCAGACUGAUGGGACGUGGAGUGGGUCUCAACCCCGCUGUAUAGGUACAACAAAGAAUGAGUACACAGUGUACUGCUUUUACUCAUUUAUUGUAAUUCUAAUCAUAAAAUAAUGCGUUUCAUCUUCAAUUACUUUCAGGGCAAUUACGUUUUGUCAUUAGAAUAAAUUGAGAUGUAAUAUUGAUCUAUAAUCUGAUUAAGUUGACCCUGUUAAAUUUAAACUGUGUUUAUUCUUUGGAGAAAAAGUCAGAAUUAACCCUAACAUACUUAGCCCCAUGAUGUCCACUGAAAAUCUGUGCACGAGUUCAGACCACCAAAAAGCUUUGGGGGUCAUUUUUGUUUUGUACUGAAUUGUCUCCAUUGAUUACCAGUAAAUGCUGACUGGGGCUUAAAAUCCUGUGACUACCUUUCAGAAAAAUACAUUGUUAUAAGAUCCUAAGGAAUAGGAGUAGGAUUAGUCCAUUCGGCCCAUCAAGUCUACUCUGCCAUUCUAUUAAAGCCGAUAUAUCUCUCCCUCCUAACCUCAUUCUCCUGCCUUCUCCCCAUAACCUCUGACACCCAUACUAAUCAAGAAUCUAUCUAUCUCUGCCAUUAAAAUAUCCACUGACAGCAUCCACAGCAUUCUGUGGCAAAGAAUUCUACAGAUUCACCACCUUCUGACUAAAGAAAUUUCUCCUCAUAUCCUUCCUAAAAUAAUGUCCUUUAAUUCUGAGGCUAUGACCACUAGUCCUAGACUCUCCCACUAGUGGAAACAUUCUCUCCACAUCCACUCUAUCUGAGUCUUU